GCUGAGGAAAAUGGGCACCCUCCUCCUCCUCUUCCUCCUCCUCGGCGCUGCUGCUUCGGCCCGAAAGGGAGCCUCGCCAUCGUGCCUGCUGCUGCUUCUUCCUCUUCUUCUUUCGGGACGCGUGCUGCCUGUGGUGCCAAGAGGGUCUUCUUAGAGGAAUUAGCCGGCCUGCUUUCGGAGUGGAAGGCCAAAUGACAUAGGAUGAAGGCUGUUCGUAAUUUGCUGAUUUAUAUAUUUUCCACCUAUCUACUGGUUAUGUUUGGAUUUAAUGCUGCCCAAGACUUCUGGUGCUCGACGCUGGUGAAGGGGGUCAUUUAUGGAUCAUAUUCUGUAAGCGAAAUGUUUCCCAAAAACUUUACAAACUGCACUUGGACGCUGGAAAAUCCAGAUCCAACCAAAUAUAGCAUUUACCUGAAAUUUUCCAAAAAGGACUUCAGCUGCUCUAACUUUUCCCUGCUGGCUUAUCAGUUUGAUCAUUUUUCCCAUGAAAAAAUUAAGGAUCUCUUAAAGAAUAACCACUCUAUAAUGCAGCUGUGUGAUUCCAAGAAUGCUUUUGUAUUCCUGCAGUAUGAUAAGAAUUUCAUUCAGAUACGCCGAGUCUACCCCUUCGAUUUCAUAGGAUUAUACAAAAAGGAAGAUGAUCAGAAAUCUUUCUUUGAAUUUUUGGUGUUGAACAAGGUGAGCCCAAGCCAAUUUGGUUGCCAUGUAUUAUGCACUUGGCUGGAGAGCUGCUUGAAAUCUGAGAAUGGGAGAACGGAGUCCUGUGGGAUCAUGUAUACAAAAUGCACCUGCCCUCAACACUUGGGAGAAUGGGGGGGAGAUGACCAUUCCCUGGUGUUGCUCAAUAAUGUAGUGCUGCCGCUCAAUGAGCAGACGGAAGGCUGUCUCACCCAGGAGCUGCAAACCACCCAGGUCUGCAAUCUAACAAGGGAAGCCAAGCGGCCACCGAAAGAAGCAAGGCAUGGAAGGCAAGGCAAGGCAAGAGGCAAGGAAGGAAGGCAGCAAGCAAGCAAGCACAUAGAGACACUGAGUGAGCUGAGCGAGCAGCAGCAAACCCGGCAGCCAGGCAGCACCAACAAAGGACUCAUCCACAAUCCGAAAAUGGGCUCUUUCAUUUCGUGCUAUCCAAAUGGAUGGUACAAAAUGAAUAUCCUAAUGAAACAAAUGGAAGAAAUACUGCACACACCUCUAGAGGGUACCACUGCACAAUUUGGAAUGAUGGGAGAUCAUACAAUUAAAAGUCAGCGACCUCGAUCUGUUCAUGAGAAAAGGGUCCCUCAGGAACAAGCUGAUGCUGCUAAAUUUAUGGCACAAACUGGUGAAACUGGUGUUGAAGAGUGGGCCCAGUGGAGUUCAUGUUCUGUUACUUGUGGUCAAGGGUCGCAGGUGCGAACCAGAACUUGUGUAUCACCUUACGGGACACACUGCAGCGGCCCUUUAAGAGAAACAAGGGUUUGCAAUAACACUGCCCUCUGUCCAGUACAUGGAGUUUGGGAGGAGUGGUCACCCUGGAGUUUGUGCUCAUUCACAUGUGGUCGAGGCCAAAGAACUAGAACAAGGUCAUGUAUAGCUCCCCAGUAUGGGGGAAGAUCAUGUGAUGGACCUGAAACACAGCAUAAGCCUUGCAAUAUUGCUCUUUGCCCUGUUGAUGGCCAGUGGCAAGAAUGGAGUGCUUGGAGUCAGUGCUCGGUGACCUGUUCCAAUGGUACACAACAGAGAAGCCGACAGUGUACGGCAGCUGCUCAUGGAGGCUCCGAGUGCAGAGGUCCAUGGGCGGAAAGCAGGGAGUGCUCCAACCCCGAAUGCACAGCUAAUGGUCAAUGGAAUCACUGGGGCCACUGGAGUGGAUGUUCCAAGUCAUGUGAUAGUGGCUGGGAGAAGAGAAUAAGGAUAUGUCAAGGAGUGGCUAUCACUGGACAACAAUGUGAAGGAACGGGAGAGGAGAUUAGACGGUGCAGUGAACAGCGAUGCCCAGCACCUUAUGAAAUCUGUCCUGAAGAUGAUUUGAUAUCAAUGGUUUGGAAAAGGACCCCAGCUGGGGACCUGGCAUUCAAUCGGUGUCCUCUUAAUGCUACAGGCACCACUAGCAGACGCUGCUCUCUCAGUCUUCAUGGAGUAGCCUUCUGGGAACAACCUAGCUUUGCUAGAUGCAUAUCAAAUGAGUACAGACACUUGCAGCAUUCAAUUAAAGAACACCUUGCUAAAGGGCAGAGGACUUUGGCUGGUGAAGGAAUGUCCCAGGUGACAAAGACCCUUCUGGAUUUAACACAGAGGAAGAACUUCUAUGCAGGGGAUCUCUUGGUUUCAGUGGAAAUUCUCAGAAAUGUUACAGAUACAUUUAAAAGAGCAAGUUACAUCCCUGCAUCUGAUGGGGUCCAGAACUUCUUUCAAACAGUUAGCAACCUUCUGGAUGAAGAGAACAAAGAGAAAUGGGAAGAUGCACAACAGAUCUAUCCAGGCUCAAUAGAACUAAUGCAGGUGAUUGAAGAUUUUAUACACAUUGUUGGCAUGGGGAUGAUGGACUUUCAGAAUUCAUACUUAAUGACUGGAAAUGUAGUGGCUAGCAUUCAGAAGCUUCCUGCAGCAUCUGUUCUAACUGACAUCAAUUUUCCAAUGAAAGGAAGGAAAGGAAUGGUCGAAUGGGCACGGAACUCAGAGGACAGGGUUGUCAUUCCAAAAAAUAUCUUCACCCCUAUGUCAACAGAACUAGAUGAAUCCACUGUAUUUGUGCUUGGAGCAGUGCUAUACAAAAAUUUAGAGCUCAUUUUACCCACUUUAAGAAAUUAUACAGUUGUCAAUUCCAAAAUCAUUGUGGUCACCAUAAGACCUGAGCCCAAAACAUCAGAUUCCUUUCUAGAGAUAGAGUUAGCUCAUUUGGCUAAUGGUACGCUGAAUCCUUAUUGCGCAGUGUGGGAUGAUUUAAAAAUGAACGACUCUUUGGGAACCUGGUCCAGCCAAGGAUGUAAAACCGUGCUUACCGAUGCAUCCCAUACGAAAUGCUUAUGUGAUCGACUCUCUACCUUCGCCAUUUUGGCUCAGCAACCCCGAGAAAUAAUCAUGGAAUCAGCUGGUACUCCUUCAGUCACCCUUAUAGUAGGCAGUGGCCUUUCAUGUUUGGCUUUGAUCACCCUAGCAGUUGUCUAUGCAGCACUAUGGAGGUACAUCAGAUCUGAGAGGUCAAUAAUUCUAAUUAAUUUCUGCCUAUCUAUUAUCUCAUCAAAUAUCCUAAUAUUGGUUGGACAAACACAGACCCAUAAUAAGGGCAUCUGUACCACGACCACCGCAUUUUUACAUUUCUUCUUCUUAGCUUCAUUUUGUUGGGUUUUGACAGAGGCUUGGCAGUCUUACAUGGCUGUUACUGGAAAAAUUAGGACACGGCUCAUAAGGAAGCGCUUUUUAUGCCUUGGAUGGGGUUUACCAGCAUUAGUCGUGGCAAUAUCAAUAGGUUUUACCAAGACAAAAGGAUAUGGAACCAGUAACUAUUGCUGGCUGUCUCUUGAAGGAGGACUCCUGUAUGCUUUUGUUGGACCUGCAGCUGCCGUUGUCCUGGUCAACAUGGUGAUUGGCAUUCUGGUAUUUAAUAAACUUGUUUCCAGAGAUGGAAUCCUAGAUAAAAAGCUCAAACACAGAGCGGGUCAGAUGAGUGAGCCUCAUAGCGGUUUGACGCUCAAAUGUGCCAAGUGUGGAGUAGUUUCAACAACAGCUUUGUCAGCCACCACCGCCAGUAAUGCCAUGGCAUCCCUUUGGAGUUCCUGUGUUGUGUUGCCUCUCCUGGCUCUCACUUGGAUGUCUGCUGUUCUGGCAAUGACCGACAAACGAUCGAUAUUAUUUCAGAUACUCUUUGCCGUAUUUGAUUCAUUGCAGGGUUUUGUCAUUGUCAUGGUCCACUGCAUUCUCCGAAGAGAGGUUCAAGAUGCAUUUAGAUGUCGUUUAAGAAACUGCCAAGACCCAAUCAAUGCAGAUUCUUCAAGUUCAUUUCCAAAUGGACAUGCACAGAUCAUGACAGAUUUUGAAAAAGAUGUGGACAUUGCCUGUCGGUCAGUUCUCCAUAAGGACAUUGGACCAUGUCGAGCAGCAACAAUAACAGGAACUCUUUCUAGAAUUUCCCUGAACGACGAUGAAGAGGAGAAGGCAGUAAGCCCAGAAGGAAUGAGCUACUCAACAUUGCCUGGGAAUAUAAUUUCUAAAGUUAUCAUUCAGCAGUCAGGAGGCAUGCAUAUGCCCAUGAGCAUGAGCGAACUGGCCAAUCAGUGUCUGAAAAAGGACAACUCAGAAUUGCGGCGGACUGUGUAUUUAUGUACGGAUGACAACCUGAGAGGUGCAGAUAUGGACAUGGUCCACCCUCAGGACAGAAUGAUGGAGAGUGAUUAUAUUGUCAUGCCCAGAGGCUCCAUGAACACACAGGCAUCUCUGAAGGAUGACAGCAAGUUGAAUAUAGGCAUGGACACUUUGCCUCAUGAAAGGCUUUUGCACUAUAAAGUUAAUCCUGAAUUUAGUAUGAGCCCCAGUGUAAUGGACCAGUUCAGUAUGAGUUUAGAUCAACAUCUCCCUACCCAGGAACACAUGCAGAACUUGUCUUUUGAACCUCGCACAGCAGUGAAGAAUUUCAUGGCUUCAGAGUUGGAUGAUAGCACAGGACUUGCAAGGAGUGAAACUGGAUCAACUAUAUCAAUGAGUUCUUUGGAGAGAAGAAAAUCACGUUAUUCUGACCUCGACUUUGAAAAGGUCAUGCAUACGAGGAAGAGGCACAUGGAAUUAUUUCAGGAAUUAAAUCAGAAAUUUCAAACACUAGACAGAUUUCGAGAUGUACCAAAAUCAGGAAGUAUGGAAAAUCCAUCAGGAUCCAGCAAGGCUCCCUGGGACAGUUUCAAAAACACAAGUGAAUACCAACAUUAUACCACAAUAAAUGUAUUAGAUUCAGAGGCAAAAGAUGCUUUAGAACUAAGACCAUCAGAAUGGGAGAAGUGUCUGAACUUGCCUCUAGAUGUACAAGAAGGUGAUUUUCAAACGGAGGUUUAAUGAAAGGCGAAACAAACUGAAUCGAAAGCAAAAUAUAGAACAAUUUUGUUUGCACUGACACUCCAGAGACUCGGGGAGCCUGACAUGCCUCUUUGAACAUUGCGACUAGGGCUUGUCAGCCCCUUCAUGUGCCAAACUGUCAGUGGUUUCUUUUCGUAUGAUAUAUUCCCACUAGCCAACCUAGUGGAGAGCCCAGGUGUACAAUUCUUACCAUCGUGUCUUGUAAGUACCCGUGGAAUGGAUUUGUAAGGUAAAUCUUUAUAGAUAAACCUCAAGCAACGGUUCAUGUUGUAACAGCUUCAUCUGGUUUAGUUUUCAAAAAACUUCACCAUGAAGCACAAUGUAUAUAUUUAUGCAGUUUUUAAAGUUUAUAACAGUCUGUUUGGCCAUUACUACACUUUUUACUUUAUAAUAUAAAAAAGCAAAGUUUUGUCGUCAUUAAAUGAAUGUCUGUUGAGCUACAUUCUUCAUUGCUUUAAAUGCAAUAAAGUAAUAAUCUCACUUUUAUAUGAAUAAUAUAUUUCACAUCUUUAUUAUUGCAGUUUUCUCUGGGAAGCUCAGAGUAGCUUUUCCUGCUGCAGCUGUGUAUAAAAUAUUUAAAAUGUUGUAUGGUGUAAAUAAACUUUUGUCUACAUAUCAGUAUUUUCAGUGCAUUUUAUUUUGGAUUUGUUGAUCUGAAAUUUGCAUAUUUAUAAAGUUUUCUUUAACAACACAAAAGCUGAAAAUGUGUUCGGAAUUUUAAUAGCAUACUGUUAUUACUCCUUUGAGACUAAUGAUUUCUCAAAUGUAAUAAUAGGUUUGCAUAGCUGUUCUAUUUUUUUUCCUAAUCUAAACAUACAAUGUAAAUUGAACUUGCCAUGGCAUUACUACAUUAGUUUUGUUAUAUGUAAAUCUUAUGCUUUUCCAUCUUGCUGCAGCAAGACAACUGUUAGACAAACACUGUGCAGGUUUCAAUGCAUCGUGUUUGAGAGAAAUUCUCCUUUUACUUCCACGAUCCUACAAUGUAAUUUUCAGAUCAUCUCUUCUUCAUCAUCUCUUUUUUAAAAGAUGACCUCCUUCAGGACUGAGGUACACACAGCAUGAUUCUCUGCAAGAAAAAAGAAUGAAUAUGUUCCAUAAAAAGAUGCAAUGAGUGGAUAUCUGACCACUACCUAAGACGAUGGCAAAUCACCUUUUAACCUCAGACAGAAUUUAAGAUUUUUACCCAAUAUUUUGUAUUAUGAAUCAGAUUUUAUAGUAUGUAAAAAAGGCAGUACUGAAUAAAUAUAUUAUCCAACUGG